GGCAACCAUCCGGAGCGCCUCAGGGCACAGGGAUACACGGAUUGUGGUAAUAAAGCUCUGCGUACCGGAGCGCGUCAGGGCGGAGGGAUACACGGGAGUGCAGUGAUAAAGUAGUGCGAACCGGAGCGCGUAGCGCGUCAGGGCGGAGGGAUACACUGGGUGUGUAGCAGGUGCGUGACGCAAACAGGAGAUAACCUGCUCCCUGCAUUAAGGCUUACGGAGUAGCGGACAACACAGACCCUCUCUAUCCCUAGAACGAGCCGCCUCCGCUGCACCCUGACCGGCUACAGUGACGGGAUGAGCCGUGUGGGCUGUGUCUGCUGAUCUCUGUUCCUCCAGUGCAGCAUUCUCCCUGCCAGAGGUUGCCCAUCAGCCUGCCAGCCAGCAGUAUGUCAGGCAGUUACACCCCGGCCCCGGGGGGCCCAUUCUCAGCCCUCACGCCCAGCAUGUGGCCCCAGGACAUUCUGGCCAGGUACCACCAGAAGGACUCGUCAGAGGGAGCAGAACGCUAUGAUGAGUUUGGAUUUAAGAUUGAGAAACGAGAGGGCUCGCAGCAGCCAGGCAGCGAGCGCCCCCUCCAGAUUGGGGACCCCCAGCAGCGUUCGGGUGGAGACGGGUCCCCCCACAGCGAGGACCCCCAGCAGCGGCUGCGCUGGCAGGCCCACCUGGAGUUCACCCACAACCACGCGGUGGGUGACCUCACCUGGGACGUCAUCGCCCCCGACCUGCCCCGCUCCGACCGCCUCCGCUCCCUGGUGCUGGGGGGCAUCCCACACAGCAUGAGGCCGCAGCUGUGGAUGCGUUUCUCUGGGGCCCUCCAGAAGAAGAGGACCUCAGAGAUCUCCUACAAAGAGAUUGUCAAGAACGGCUCCAACGAAGACUCCAGCACGUCCAAACAGAUAGAGAAGGACCUGCUGAGGACCAUGCCCUCCAACGCCUGCUUCACGGCCCUGGGCAGCGUGGGGGUCCCCCGGCUCCGGAGGGUGCUGAGGGGGCUGGCCUGGCUCUACCCCGACGUGGGCUACUGCCAGGGCACUGGCAUGGUGGUGUCGUGCCUGCUGCUGUUCCUGGAGGAGGAGGACGUGCUGUGGAUGAUGUGCGCUCUGAUUGAGGACCUCCUCCCGCCCUCCUACUUCUCCUCCACCCUGCUCGGGGUUCAGACGGACCAGAGGGUCCUCAGGCAGCUGAUCGUCCAGUACCUCCCCGCGCUUGACCGCCUUCUGCAGGAGCACGACAUUGAGCUGUCCCUGAUCACGCUGCACUGGUUCCUGACGUCGUUCGCCAGCGUGGUGGACAUCCGGCUGCUGCUGAGGAUAUGGGACCUGCUCUUCUACCAGGGCUCCCUGGUCCUCUUCCAGGUCACGCUGGGCAUGCUCAAGAUCAAGGAGGAGGAGUUGGUGGCCUCGGAGAACUCGGCCUCCAUCUUCAACACGCUGUCGGACCUGCCCUCCCAGCUGCGUGACGGGCCGGCGGUGCUGGGCGAGGCCAUGAGGCUGACGGGGUCGCUGGCCCAGGCCACACUGGACGCCCACCGCCACAAGCACCUGGCCUACAUCCUCAACGAGCAGGCCCAGCUCAGCAAUGGGGCCGUCAACACCGCCAACCUCAACAAGGCGGUGCGGCGGCAGUCCCUCCGCAGGAAAUCGACGCUGAGCUCGCUGCUGUGGGGCGAGGACGAGGCGGACGCCCUGAAGGCCAAGAACAUCAAGCAGACGGAGCUGGUGGCCGCGCUGAGGGAGGCUAUCAGCAGCAGCGCCGACCACUUCCACUGCCUGGACCCCCACCAGACCAACACCGACCUGACCCCUGACUACUCCAUGGAGAGCCACCAGCAGGACCACGAGAACUUUCUUGUGGUGUCCCGUAACCGACGGCGACGGGCCAAGGCACUGCUGGACUUCGAGCGCCAUGACGACGAUGAGCUUGGCUUUAGGAAGAAUGACAUCAUCACUAUCAUGUCCCAGAAGGACGAGCACUGCUGGGUUGGCGAGCUGAACGGCCUGAGAGGUUGGUUCCCAGCUAAGUUUGUGGAGAUCCUGGAUGAGAGAAGCAAAGAGUACUCCCUGGCGGGGGACGACGCGGUGACGGCGGCGGUGACGGACCUGGCCCGCGGGACCCUCUGCCCCGCCCUGAAGAACAUCUUCCAGCACGGCCUGAAGAAGCCCUCCAUCCUAGGGGGGCCCUGCCACCCCUGGCUCUUCAUUGAGGAGGCAGCCAGCAGAGAGGUGGAGAGAGACUUUAACUCAGUCUACUCCAGACUGGUGCUGUGUAAGACCUACAGGCUGGAUGAAGACGGGAAGGUCCUCACACCGGAGGAGCUGCUCUACAGAGCAGUGCAAUCGGUCAACAUGAGCCAUGACGUCGCUCAUACCCAGAUGGACGUCAAGUUCAGGUCCCUCAUCUGCGUGGGCCUUAAUGAGCAGGUGCUGCACCUGUGGCUGGAGGUGCUGUGCUCCAGCAUGGCCGCGGUGGAGAAGUGGUACCAGCCCUGGUCCUUCCUGCGCAGCCCGGGCUGGGUGCAGAUCAAGUGUGAGCUCAGGGUUCUCUCCAAGUUCGCCUUCAGUCUCUCCCAGGACUGUGAGCUGCCAGACAAGAAGCAGGAGAAGGAGCAGCGGCCCCUGAAGGAGGGGGUCCAGGACAUGCUGGUGAAGCACCACCUCUUCAGCUGGGACAUCGACGGAUAGGCCCACCCCCUCAGACGGAUAGACCCGUCCCUUCUUUAGGACAGAUCCGCCCAUUCCGAUGGAUAGACCCACCCCCUUCCGAUGGAUAGACCCACCCCCUUUCCGAUGGAAUAAUCUUAGAGGACACUAUGUGACUGCUGUCACGCUGAUCUGCUGACCCUACACUGUUACUUUAAAACCACCUCCCUCAUCCAAUCACAGCUCAGUCCACCUCCCUCAUCCAAUCACAAGACACUCCACGGCCUCUCUCAUCCAAUCACAGCUCACUUCAUGUUGAGGCUUCCUCCGCGGUGACCUUUAUUUUGGACAUGAGUUGUUCCAUGUGAUCAAAACAUAGGGUCACGCCUCAGAGGUCAGUCCUUAGAGGACCAAUCAGAAUCCUGCAACCCAAAUGAGGCUCAUUUGGAGAACAAUCCCGUUUGAGUUCCUCUGCAUCUCCCGACAGACGAAUCAGACUCACUCAAAAGUCCCAUCCCAAGAGCCCACGUCAGGCGGGCUGAGACCUGAGGAGGAACACAGAAACUGAACAUGGUGGUCCUCUGAUAGGAGUUUGCUGCUGGACGAUCCGACCAAGAGUCCAUCCCCCUUCCUUGGUUUUACUUUAGAGAUCCCUUUUCUUCUUCACUGCCCAACUUCAGAUGGACCUCCUCAAUAUCACUUGUUUCAGGGUGUCCCUUUGAGGCACUCCGAGGUCUGUCAGACCGCAGACCCCAGAUUCACAGAACUGUGCAUCUGCUCUGUCUGUCAAGCGUCUUCAAGAGGCUUCUGAAGAGACUUCUGUCUCUUAUCCGCUCUGAAGAAACCAUCAUGUUUUGUUUCUGUAACCGAGACUUCACUAGGAUGCGGCUCCUCUCUGUUGUACAUACAAUGUAAAAACAUGUUAAACUAUGAUAAAAUAUAUAUGAGGCAAGAUACUCUGGUGUUUUCCUUCUGAGUUUGAUGUUUCAUACGGGUUCUGCCUUGGUGUGAAGCAGAAUCUGACUACUGUGUGUUAGUUUGGAUUUUUUUUCAAACAUGGUUCAUUAACUAGGACUUCAUCAAUAAUUCAGUCUAGUUUUAUUCAUUAGAGAGCCAGAUAUCUAGAUCUUGAACUAUAGAUAUACAUCGUCACAUUUAGAAUUCACUUUUUCCCAAAAAUAUUUUUAACCAAACAUCUUAAAGCGUUGAUAUUUUCACAUUCAUCAUCUUCAUCCGCUUAUCCGGGGUCGGGUCGCGGGGGGAGCAGCUUAAGCAGGGGGCCCCAGACUUCCCUUUCCCGGGCCACAUUGACCAGCUCUGACGGGGGGAUCCCGAGGCGUUCCCAGGCCAAUGUUGAGAUAUAAUCUCUCCACCUAGUCCUGGGUCUUCCCCGAGGUCUCCGUCCCACUGGACGUGCCUGAAACACCUCCCAAGGGAGGCGCCCAGUGGGCAUCCUUACCAGAUGCCCGAACCACCUCAGCUGACUCCUUUCCAAGUAAAGGAGCAGCGGCUCAAAAUUCGAGUUCCUCACGGAUGGCUGAGCUUCUCACCCUAUCCCUAAGGGAGACGCCAGCCACCCUCAUCUCGGCCGCUUGUACCCGCAAUCUCGUCUUUUCGGUCAUCACCCAACCCUCAUGACCAUAGGUGAGGAUAGGAACGAAGAUCGACCGGUAGAUCGAGAGCUUUGCCUUGCGGCUCAGCUCUCUUUUCGUAACAACGGUGCGGUAAAGCGAACGCAAUACCGCCCCCGCUGCUCCGAUUCUCCGGCCAAUCUCACGCUCCAUCGUACCCUCACUCGCGGAACCCCGAGGUACUUGAACUCCUUCACUUGGGCUAAGGACUCAUUUCCUAUUCAUUUUCACAUUCCCUGAAUGUGUAAAUGUAUUUAAAACAAAAACUGACAACUGUCCAGUUUAAUAAAGCCGAUUUAUUGGAAAAUAGGUCUGCGACAAAGUGCGUCAAACGCCCACAUGUUACUCCACAUAGGUCUUAAUGCAUGAGGAAGGAUAGAAACCCGCCAAUUCUGCCUUGCUCAACGGUCAUGUGCAAUUGGACGCAUGCAGAGUUUAUUGCAUUCAAAGAGAACCGUCGUUUUGGACACAAGGAACAAACAGAACAAAGACCCUGGAUUGAACUCAAUCAAUAAAUGAAAUGACUGCUUUCAUGGCAAUAAAUAAAUCUAUAAAAUCUCUUAUUUUCCAUAAGUUCAAACCCCAAGUACCGGUACCCCAUGUAUUACAUUCAACAGUGAUUUUCAAACCUCUUCCCUAUCGAAGGUAUCCUUCGAUGCUACUGAUGAUGGAGGGAGGUGGGGCGCGUGUUUCUAUGGUUCUAGCUGCUGGGAAGUGGGACCCGUUACCUCGUGUUGUGGUCUCAGCCCCCCACCCCUGCGUCUAUUGCAUUGUGUGUAGGACCAGACGUGUUCUCCUGUAGUGCUAUUAAAAGGCCGUGCAAGGUUCCUCACUGCGGUCCCACAUUUGGUCUCAGAGAAUCAUGUCGUCCUGAUCUUAUCUGGUCUGGGGAAAAGUAAAACUAAAUAAAAAUAAAAGCACCAAGUUGGAAUUUUUGAAUAUUUAAAAGUGCUGUAGUCUAGUAAAUUCAAAACUAUACCAAUAUAUAAACAGAACAACUUCGCUGAGAGCCAACCCAGUACCCGCUCUCUCUCCUAUGACCCCCAGACGUCCCAACACCUCAGGGCUGCAGCAGAGGAGAAAUCCAGGAAAACAGUCUGUUAGGAUAGAAUGAGAAGGGAGGGGGGGGUGUGUGUGUGUUCGUUCAGCAGUCCUCCAGCCCUGUAGGGGGCGCAGUGGCUGAGGUGGUGGUAGUCUGUCCUUUCCCUCGGUGUCUCUGCCCUCCUCUCCUCCUCCCCCCUCCUCCCUUGGGCUGAAAGAGGGAGGGACCAUGAUGAGCUUUCCUCCUCACCCAUUAUGACCCUUUAUUAACCGAGGGUCAACCGAGGCAGACGAUCGAUGAUAUGAGAAAGACUUGUCUUUGCUUUGGAAAAGCAGAUACAUAAAGACCACAUUUCCCAGCAUGCCCUUUGUCUGGUCACAAAAAGACAGUUUUACUUGGGGGAAAAACCUCUUUAUUUGCAUGCAAAUAGAACACAAGCAUUCCUUUAAAAGGCGAAAGAAACCGGGAAAAAUAAGAACUCCCUGUGAAUGGCGGAGCCGUUCUUAAUUGGGCCUGUUCUUUUUAUUUUCAAAGAUUUAUUAUUUGAUUUUGAUGCUUUAUGAUAGAGUGAGAUAGACGGGAAGGUAUAGGAGAGAGAGGGGAGGACAUGCAGUCAAGGACCACGGGGGGCAGGAAUCAAAACCGGGCCACUGCGGUCAGGACUGGGCCUGAAUGGUAGGCGCUCUACCUGUUGAGCCACCAGGGCGCCCAAGCUACCGGAUCUUCACAUGUUCCCGUUCCUAACGAGUUACCCAUUCUUAACAAGCUAGCCGUUCUUAACGAGAUCCCGUUGUCAAAGAGCUAGCCGUUCUGAACGAGUUCCCCGUUCUUUACGAGCUAGCCGCUCUUAACGAGUUCCCUGUUCUUAACGAGUUACCUGUUCUUAACGAGCUACCCGUUCUUAACGAGUUACCUUGUUGUCGUUGCCGCCCUCGUUAAGCUGCGGCUCCCUCUCCGCCUUCCCCUGGGCCGUCCCGGGCCACACAGCAGAGGAACAGAGAUGGGGGUGAGACGCCUUGACGUUUGCUCAUGGGUUCGAGUCGGCCAAGGUCAGGAGGUAGACGGAGCUGUCAUGUGACGGAGCCGUCAUGUGACUCAUUGUGAGGCAGGGAUCAUUGGGUUCGGUGGAAACGGCUUCUCAUUUUGAUUAAAAACAGCAAAGGUUCUAAAGGUCUGGGGUCUCAUUUAUAAAACUGUGCGUGGGAUCGUUACUAAAAGUGUAUGUACGCCCAAAAGCCAAGUUUUGCGUGCGCCAAAAAAUAUUCUGAUUUAUAAAACCCUGCAUACGCACAACGUACGCAAUCUUUGCUUUAUAAAUCACAGAGUGCCUGCAAGUGUCUCAUCUCAUCUCAUUUUCGUCCGCUUAUCCGGGGUCGGGUCGCGGGGGGAGCAGCUCAAGCAGGGGGCCCCAGACUUCCCUUUCCCGGCCACAUUGACCAACUCUGACGGGGGGAUCCCGAGGCGUUCCCAGGCCAGUGUUGAGAUAUAAUCUCUCCACCUAGUCCUGGGUCUUCCCCGAGGUCUCCUCCCCACUGGACGUGCCUGAAACACCUCCCAAGGAAGGCGCCCAGUGGGCAUCCUUACCAGAUGCCCGAACCACCUCAGCUGA